UCCACCCCUCCGUUCCCCCGCCCUCCCCUCUCCUUUCCCCUCCGCCUCAGCAGCCAACUCUGCAACCGGCUGCCCUGAGUCCUACUCGGGGCUACAUAAAUCCUGUGAUCCGCACAGCGUUAUAAGAGGAUUGAAAGAAUCCCUCUCGCGCGCACAAACCCAGAGCGAGGCAGGUUUCCCAAGCGUGAGAGAGAGAGAGAGAAGAGAGAGGGGGAAAGAGAAGGAGAGAGAAGCAUCUUUCCGACUUUCUCCCUCAGCGAGCACACGCACACCACAGCCGUCGCUUCUUCCCGGCAAAAGUCUUCCUCCUCCAUGGGUUUUGGAUGUCUUGCCGUUUCUGCCUCCAUCUCCAAGUUCAUCUCUUUGGGCUGAUCAGGCACUUGAAAGGCUUCGUAGCGGGAGAGAGUGAGGGGGGGGAGCACAAAAAUUGAGGAGGCGAGCAGCAGACCCAGUUUUUUCCGUUUAUAGCACAAAGAAUAGACUAUAUUAAAAGGGGCGACCCGGGGGGGAGGGAGAAGAGGGAGGAGGGAGUGAAAGGAGGAGGAGGAGGAGGAGGAGGGAGAAGCAGGGAGAGCUCCCGGGAGCAGGAGCAGGAGCAGCAAGAAGAACAGAACGGAGAAGAGCCAAGAAGAAGAAGAGGAGGAGGAGGAGCAGGAGAAAGAGAGAAAAGCAGGGAACCCCGUCUGCCAGGGGAGUUGAGCCGGCUCCUUGCUCUUUGGAUGCCGUCGGCUCUCCUCAGAGACAGCCCGCCACUUUUGCGCGUUGGGCCGUCGGGGGAGCGGAGGGAUCCCCGCGAAGAGCCCCCGCCGGCAGAAGUCGGCUUGCAGACCUCGCUCGCCUUUGGAUUAAAUUGGCCGCCCGAAAGACGCGCCACAGCGGCGUGGGGAGGAGGAAGAGCCAGAAGAAGUAGCCGUGGCAGCGGCAGCAAUAGUUACAGUAGUAACAUCAAGACGAGGAAGAGGAGGAGGAAGAAGAAGAAGGAGCAAGGCGAAAGCGGAGCGCCCGCGGUCGUAACGGGCGGGAAGGCGGGCUUGGGCGGCGGCGGCGGCGGCGCUGCUGCUCGGGGGGACUGAAGGGGAGCCAGGAUGAGCAGGCUUUGAAAGUUCUUCAUCUGGAAUUUCAGGUUGGAGAUACUCGCAGUGGCUUCUAAGCCAGUGACCAAAGCUGUCGAAGCAUGCUGGUGCCAAGCUGUCAGAUGAUGCACAUAGCCAGGCCAAUAGGAGUGCUCCUAUGCUUCCUACUUUGUGCAGAUGCUGAAACACCACCAAAGUUUGCAAGAACACCUGUUGACCAGACAGGGGUCUCUGGAGGAGUUGCUUCAUUCAUCUGUCAAGCUUCGGGAGACCCAAGGCCUAAAAUUGUCUGGAACAAGAAGGGCAAAAAAGUCAGCAAUCAGAGAUUUGAGGUAAUAGAGUUUGAUGAUGGGUCUGGAUCAGUCCUCAGAAUACAACCACUGCGAACUCCACGAGAUGAAGCUAUUUAUGAAUGUGUUGCAUCCAACAGUGUUGGAGAAAUAAGUGUGUCCACAAGACUUACUGUCUUGCGUGAGGAUCAAAUUCCACGUGGUUUUCCCACCAUUGAUAUGGGACCACAGUUAAAGGUGGUUGAGCGCACUCGAACAGCCACUAUGUUAUGUGCAGCCAGCGGCAAUCCUGAUCCAGAAAUAACAUGGUUCAAAGAUUUUUUACCUGUAGAUACGAGCAACAACAAUGGGCGCAUUAAGCAAUUACGAUCAGAAUCUAUUGGUGGUACACCAAUAAGAGGUGCCCUCCAAAUCGAAUUGAGUGAAGAAUCUGACCAAGGCAAAUAUGAGUGUGUUGCAACCAACAGUGCGGGUACUCGCUAUUCUGCCCCUGCCAAUCUUUAUGUCAGAGUUCGCCGGGUGCCACCAAGAUUCUCAAUCCCACCCACUAACCAUGAAAUUAUGCCUGGAGGAAGUGUUAACAUCACCUGUGUUGCUGUGGGGUCACCAAUGCCAUAUGUAAAAUGGAUGCUGGGAGCUGAAGAUCUGACACCAGAAGAUGAUAUGCCAAUUGGAAGGAAUGUCCUAGAGCUCAAUGAUGUUAGGCAGUCUGCUAAUUAUACCUGUGUGGCCAUGUCCACUCUUGGUGUUAUAGAAGCAAUAGCACAGAUAACUGUAAAAGCAUUGCCCAAACCUCCAGGAACUCCUGUUGUGACCGAAAGCACAGCAACAAGCAUUACUUUGACCUGGGAUUCUGGAAAUCCUGAACCAGUGUCUUACUACAUAAUCCAGCAUAAACCUAAGAAUACUGAGGAACUAUAUAAAGAAAUUGAUGGAGUAGCCACAACAAGAUAUAGUGUGGCUGGUUUAAGCCCAUAUUCCGAAUAUGAGUUCAGAGUGGUUGCUGUGAAUAACAUAGGAAGGGGUCCACCCAGUGAACCUGUGACAACACGGACCUCAGAGCAAGCACCAUCUAGUGCACCACGUAAUGUACAAGCUCGUAUGUUGAGCUCAACCACCAUUUUAGUGCAGUGGGAAGAACCUGAGGAACCAAAUGGUCAAAUACAAGGCUACAGAGUGUAUUACACUAUGGAUCCUUCCCAACAUGUCAACAGCUGGUUAAAACAUAAUGUGGCUGAUAGCCAUAUCACCACCAUUGGGAAUCUUGUACCACAGAAAACUUAUUCAGUAAAAGUACUUGCCUUUACCUCAGUUGGAGAUGGACCACUUUCUAGUGAUAUACAAGUCAUCACUCAAACAGGAGUCCCAGGACAACCACUAAACUUCAAAGCUGAACCUGAAUCUGAAACAAGCAUAUUACUUUCUUGGACACCACCACGAUCUGAUACAAUCUCCAAUUAUGAUCUUGUUUACAAGGAUGGAGAACAUGGUGAAGAGCAGAGAAUUUCUAUUGAUCCAGCUACAUCUUAUCACUUGCAAGGCCUAAAACCAAAUAGCUUAUACUACUUUCGUUUGGCUGCACGUUCUCCACAAGGUCUUGGUGCGUCAACAACAGAAAUUUCAGCUAGAACAAUGCAGUCAAAGCCAUCAGCUCCUCCUCAAGACAUUAGUUGCAACAGCCCCAGCUCCACUAGCAUUUUGGUAAGUUGGCAACCUCCUCCAGUGGAAAAACAGAAUGGAAUUAUCACUUCCUAUUCCAUCAAGUAUACUGGAACUGAUGGAGAAGAUGACAAGCCCCAUGAAAUUUUGGGAAUUACUCCAGAUACUACACAGUACCUUUUGGAACAGUUGGAAAAAUGGACUGAAUAUCGCAUUUCUGUGGCAGCCCACACUGAUGUCGGACCUGGCCCAGAGAGUGAAUCUGUAUUUAUUCGGACAGAUGAAGAUGUUCCUAGUGGUCCUCCUCGCAAAGUCGAGGUUGAGGCUGUCAACUCUACAUCUGUUAAAGUGUCAUGGCGUUCUCCAGUGCCCAAUAAGCAGCAUGGCCAAAUCCGAGGUUACCAGGUGCAUUAUGUGAAGAUGGAAAAUGGAGAGCCUAGAGGCCAACCUAUGCUGAAGGAUAUCAUGUUGGCUGAUGCACAGUGGGAAUAUGAUGAUACUACUGAACAUGAGAUGAUCAUAGCUGGAUUACAGCCAGAGACAACCUAUUCCCUUACUGUGACAGCCUAUACAACCAAAGGAGAUGGAGCACGGAGCAAACCUAGAUUAGUAUCUACUACUGGUGCAGUUCCAGGAAAACCUCGGCUUGUAAUUAGCCACACACAAAUGGGUACGGCUCUAAUUCAGUGGCACCCACCUGUCGAUACAUAUGGCCCCCUGCAAGGGUACCGCCUGAGGUUUGGCCGCAAAGACAUGGAUGCAUUUACGACACGGGAUUUUACUGAUAAAGAUGACCACUACACGGCUACUGAUAUUCAUAAAGGGACUUCUUACAUCUUCAGGCUUUCAGCUAGAAAUAAAGUGGGCUUUGGGGAAGAAAUGGUAAAAGAAAUUUUGAUUCCAGAAGAUCUACCAAGUGGAUUUCCUCAAAAUCUACAUUCAGAAAGUGCCACCUCGACUUCUGUCCAACUAACUUGGCAGCCACCCAUUUUAUCCGAGAGAAAUGGUAUAAUCACUAAAUACACUCUACAGUACAGAGAUAUCAAUGUGGCCCAUCAACAAACAGAGAUCCCUGUUGCUCCUGUUGAUACUAUAAUGACACUUUCAGGCUUAAAAGCAGAUACCACAUACGAUGUAAAAAUACGUGCACAUACAAGCAAAGGGCCCGGUCCAUAUAGUCCCAGUAUCCAGUUUAGGACAUUACCUGUGGAUCAAGCAGUGUUUGCAAAAAAUUUUCAUGUCAAAGCAGUAAUGAAAACAUCAGUCCUUCUUUCUUGGGAUAUACCAGAGAAUUAUAAUUCUGCCCUGCCUUUCAAAAUUCUUUAUGAUGAUGGGAAAAUGGCAGUUGAAGUGGAUGGCCGAGCCACCCAGAAACUGAUCACCAAUCUGAAGCCUGAGACAUCCUAUUCUUUUGUGCUAACCAAUAGAGGGAACAGUGCUGGAGGUCUGCAACACAGGGUAACGGCAAAGACAGCUCCAGAUGUACUACGCACCCAACCACUUUUCAUUGAUAAGACCAAUCUAGAUGGAAUGAUAACAGUGAAACUACCAGAAGUACCAGCAAACAAAACUAUAAAAGGUUACUAUAUAGUAAUUGUACCUUUGAUAAAGAAAUCAGAUGGAAAAUUCAUGAAACCACGCGAGAGCCCAGAUGAAAUGGAAUUAGAUGAGCUACUGAAAGAGAUGGUACGAAAGCGCAGAAGCAUUCGUUUGGGGAGAGAAGCAGAUUUAAAGCCAUAUAUUGCAGCACACUUUGAAGUUCUUCCUACUGAGUUCACCCUGGGGGAUAAGAAACAGUAUGGUGGCUUUGAGAACAAGCAGCUCCAAAACGGCCAAGAAUAUGUUGUCUUUAUUUUAGCUGUGAUGGAACACUCAGAAUCAACCAUGUAUGCAACCAGCCCAUAUUCUGAAACAGUUGUAUCAGUGGAUCUUAAUCCCCAGCCAAUUACAGAAGAGGAAGAGGGUUUGAUCUGGGUUGUAGGACCAGUCCUUGCAGUUGUAUUUAUCAUCUGUAUUGUUAUAGCUAUUCUACUUUAUAAAAGCAGUAAACCUGACAGGAAAAGGGCAGACACAGACUCUAGAAAGAACAGUAUCCCCAACAGUAAAGAAAUUCCUUCACAUCAUCCCACAGAUCCAGUAGAGCUAAGACGCCUAAAUUUUCAAACUCCAGCUUUGAGCAGUAAUUCAGUCCCCUACGCCUCCCUGAUUGGCUCUGUGUCCUCCCUCUCUAGCCAAACUACCACUCAAUCCUUAUAUGAUAAUAACUCUCUCCCACGAUUCGCUCGAAAAGGUAUGGCUAGCCACCCACCAAUACCUAUUUUGGAACUUGCAGAUCACAUUGAAAGACUGAAGGCAAAUGACAACCUGAAAUUUUCCCAAGAAUAUGAGUCAAUUGACCCAGGUCAGCAAUUUACAUGGGAACAUUCUAACCUGGAAGUGAAUAAACCAAAGAACAGAUAUGCAAACGUCAUUGCUUAUGAUCAUUCUCGAGUUCUUCUAUCAGCAAUAGAAGGAAUCCCUGGCAGUGAUUAUAUAAAUGCUAACUAUAUAGAUGGUUACAGAAAGCAGAAUGCUUACAUAGCAACCCAAGGAGCUCUUCCGGAAACCUUUGGAGAUUUCUGGAGAAUGAUGUGGGAGCAAAGGAGUGCCACUGUUGUCAUGAUGACCAAAUUAGAAGAAAGAUCAAGGGUUAAAUGUGAUCAGUAUUGGCCAAGCAGAGGAACAGAAACAUAUGGAUUGAUUCAAGUCACAUUGCUGGACACCGUAGAAUUGGCAACAUACUGUGUUAGAACAUUUGCCCUUUAUAAGAAUGGAUCGAGUGAGAAGAGAGAAGUUAGACAAUUCCAGUUCACUGCAUGGCCGGAUCAUGGCGUUCCAGAACAUCCAACACCAUUCCUAGCUUUCUUACGACGAGUUAAAACUUGUAAUCCUCCUGAUGCUGGACCAAUGGUCGUACACUGCAGCGCUGGAGUUGGCAGGACCGGCUGUUUCAUUGUAAUAGAUGCCAUGCUAGAGAGAAUAAAACAUGAAAAGACUGUAGAUAUUUAUGGCCAUGUAACUCUAAUGAGAGCCCAGAGAAAUUACAUGGUUCAAACAGAGGACCAAUACAUCUUUAUCCAUGAUGCACUGCUUGAAGCAGUGACUUGUGGAAAUACCGAAGUGCCAGCCAGAAACCUGUAUGCAUAUAUUCAGAAGCUGACACAGAUAGAAACAGGAGAGAAUGUCACAGGAAUGGAAUUGGAAUUUAAGCGGCUAGCCAGCUCUAAAGCUCAUACUUCAAGAUUUAUCAGUGCCAAUCUUCCAUGUAAUAAAUUUAAAAAUCGCCUUGUUAAUAUUAUGCCAUAUGAAUCCACAAGGAUAUGUUUGCAACCUAUCAGAGGAGUAGAAGGCUCUGAUUAUAUCAAUGCCAGUUUUAUCGAUGGAUACAGGCAGCAAAAAGCCUAUGUAGCUACACAGGGACCUUUGGCAGAAACAACAGAAGAUUUCUGGAGAAUGCUUUGGGAGCACAAUUCAACCAUUGUAGUCAUGCUUACUAAGCUACGAGAAAUGGGCAGAGAAAAAUGCCACCAGUAUUGGCCUGCAGAGCGCUCAGCCAGAUAUCAAUAUUUUGUGGUUGAUCCUAUGGCAGAGUAUAAUAUGCCACAAUAUAUCCUAAGAGAAUUCAAGGUCACAGAUGCCCGGGAUGGCCAGUCCCGAACAGUGAGGCAAUUCCAGUUUACUGACUGGCCUGAACAAGGAGUGCCAAAAUCGGGAGAAGGGUUUAUAGACUUCAUUGGCCAAGUUCAUAAAACGAAAGAGCAGUUUGGACAAGACGGGCCAAUUUCGGUUCACUGUAGUGCGGGUGUUGGAAGAACUGGAGUGUUCAUAACCCUAAGCAUUGUGUUGGAACGAAUGAGAUAUGAAGGUGUUGUAGAUAUUUUCCAGACUGUCAAAAUGUUAAGGACGCAGCGGCCAGCCAUGGUACAAACAGAGGAUCAGUAUCAGUUCUGCUAUCGAGCUGCACUAGAAUAUCUGGGCAGCUUUGAUCACUAUGCAACGUAAAAAACAAAUGGAAAAACGCUGACCCAUUCUGGAUUGUUAACUACAGGCCCUUUAAGAUCCAGAGAGCCUCUUCUGAGCCAUACAGUGUGCUUGAGAAGUACUUAACUUUAAAUUAAAGACCAAUUAGUGGGAAAUAUUAACAGGAAAAAAAAAACUGCCGGGUGAACCAACAAUUCAGUCAUCAGUAAACUUAACCAGAAACAUAAUUAAAGAAACUUGACUGGGUUGAGGCACCGGAAGGAUUUCAGUUUACAGAGAUCCCAAGAUUCCGUUUUGAUUGAAUUUGAAUGAAGAGGAAGAGGACAUUCCUUCCAAGGACGAUCAUCUCGUUCAGGACCGCAUGAUAAUGAACGAUGCCAACGUUAGGUUUCUGCAAUUCAGCGCCAGAUGUUCGUCAGGAAGCCCGUCCCGGCUCCUCCAGAACAAAAUCACCUCUUGGUUCCAACAUCCCCCCCUUCCUGCCAUAUUGCUCAUCAGUAACCUUUGGUGUUGGGAGGGCAAAGGGCAAAUGUUUGAAAAGAAAGUCCUUGAUUUAGUUUUCUAGUAUUGUAAAGAUACUGCUGACCUGUGCUUCAUUUUUAACUGUGUAAACUUUUCUUCCUUUUUUAAAAAACAACAACAAAAGUUUAUCAUUCGAUGAAGUAAAUUCAAACAAAAAUUGCAUACCUGUUCAAUUUUUUUGUUUGUUUCUGAAUUGUAGUUUUUUUUUUUAUGCUGUAGAACUGUUAUCUGUAAUAUCUCGCUGUAGAAAUGUUAAAUAAUUUUGACAAUUUGCACAUUUUUGUGCAGCCCUAUAUUUAUCUCCAGGACCACAUUCUCAUUUAGAUCUUGCUUUUACAUUUGAUUUUUUUUUUCCAAUGAAAUAUAAAUCAGUUAAUCUACAUAUGGGAGAUUUUGUUUUUAUUUCUUUUGGAAUCAACAGGGAAGCGCAAGUAUAAAGCUGCUACUAACAUUCACACGUUUCUCUUUCUAUUAUAAAUAUAUGUAUAUCUCUCUCAUUCUCUCUCUAUCCAUCUACAACAAUAAUACGUAGAUAGACAGAAAGAAAUGCACACAAAUAUAAAUAUAUAAAUAUAAAUAUACAUGUAUCAGUUCUUCCAUGACUUGGAUUUGUUGAAGUAGUAGGGGGAAAAUCCAAAUUGAUACAUUCAGACCAUACAAUAUUUCUACACAUCUCUGUAUUUCGAGGUUUGCUUUUGAGGGAUUUGUGUUUCUUUUAUCUUUUUGUUUUGCUUUCUUUUCAAUUUCCUAGGGGAAAUGAGGAAUGCACAUCAGUGAUACUUGAAAUUCAACCUUACCCAAAUCUAACGGGUAGAAAUCAUGUGCACACACAUCAUUCAUCACCCAUGCACAUUAAGGUUUGAUCCGUCAUUACUAGAAGAGAAGGCCCAUUAACUCAGUGGGACUUACUUCUAAAUAAACCUGCUUAGGGUUUGCAUUGCAUAUCAUGUUAUAGCUGUCAGUGAGAUUUCAAAUUUUAGUGCAAUAGCAUCCAUAAUAACUAUAGGAAGUAGGCAUAUGAAGGAGGUCAGUGCAUAUCCCUAACAGAAGGAAAAUGCUAUAAUAGUUGUCAAGGGUUUUUAAAAUGUAUCCACUUAUAAAAUUGUCCACAGUAUAGAAUAAGAUAUUUGGAAUGACGACGUAUAAUGGGGCAAAGCCAAACACACGUUGCUCUGUAGGCCAGAAUGUUUUCUGACAUACAGCACCAGUUAGAAAUGCUGUUUUUCAGUUUUAAUUUUUGCAUUUAGAGUGCCUUAUAUUUGAUGCCUAUUUUGAUAGCAUUGCUUCAUUAUUAUUUUUUGUCUAUGUUUGCUCCAACAGGAUCUCUGUGAUUUCUCAUCAACCUUUUUUUUUCCAAUUAACACAGUCUCUUUUCAGCAUGUGAAGUUUUUCUUAACAAUAUUCAUUCCAAGUUUUCACUAUUGAUAUUUUUUUUAUUCAUACCAGAGGGUAGUCAGGCACCCUGUAGGCACAGGCAAACUAUUUCAAAAAUGCCCCCAGCUGGCAUUCAUAACUAUAAUUUUACUUUGUUUUGUUUUAUAGACAUGCUGCUAUUCUAAAAAUAUAAUAAAAUACUCCUAAUACUUUAGGAAUGGCAAUUUGACUGGGUUUGGAUCCCUACUCAUGUACGUGAAUUUUACUGGAGGCCACAACAGGUUCUUUUAACUCAAGCUAGGAGGGCUCCUGAGAUCAGCUGGAUUGGACAAAGGACUUACGGUGGUAUUGUCUAAUGACAACUGAAGAAAUGGAUUGUGCCAGUUGAACAGAAGCCAUUGUUUCUUAUAUUGGGCUAGGUCUACCUGGUGCCAUGUUUGAUCGAAAUAUAGAUCACAAAGAAAUGUUUUUAGAUGUGUUUCCAUAAAGAAAAGCAACCAAGAGUAUACCUACAUUAGCAUUUAUUUUUCCAUGUUUUCCACCAUUACCAGAAAUAAAUAUAUUAAAAGACCAAACACUAGAAAGCAUUCUAUUUGAGCACUUUUAUAUAUAUAUAUAUAUUUUAAGAAAAUCAAUUAAAAAGCGCAAAAAACAAAAAAAAUCCACAUACAUAUGUAUAAUAGUUUUUAAAUAAGCAUUAUAGAAGGCUACCUCAGAGUGAGAUUCUUUAAUUCUACAUCAGAAUCCAACAUGAAUGUGUGCACUGCAUGUUUCCUUUUGAUUUGUUUCUGUCAAAAAUAAAAAAGGGCCAGGCUACAUACUGAAUUCACACAUUGAAUCAAAAGGAUGGCUCGACAGAUUGACGUGCCAUCCAACGAUAUUGGAGAGGCAUGGCUGCAUAAACGCUUUGGGUGAAUUGGCUUAAAUUCAAGCACAAACCUGCAAGGGCCAAAGCAAUAGAAUUUUUCCCCAAAGAGCAGGACCGUGUAACAUGGAUCGGUUGGGUCUUGCAGAAACUGGGACGCUAAAGAAUUAGUAAUCAUAGGUAUAGCUAUCAGCAAGGUGUGGCAGAAGAAUGGGGGGCUUAGGAAGCAAUCGUACAUCAGCAAGAGCUCAUUGUGUCCAGGACAGGGCACAAUUGGCGCACAAGAUGGAUCUGUGCAAAGUUGCCUUCCACCAUCCCUGUAGAGGCCAUGUGUCUAGGACAGGAGUGUCAAAUUCACGGCCCACAGGCCGGAUGCAUCACACACUGGCUAUACCCACCCCCUGUUUAGUGAAGGGGAAAAAGUCGCAAUAUGCCAGGUGACGAAAACUUGAGGUCACGAGUUUGACACCCCUGGUCUAGGAGGACUCCAAAUGUGCCCCAGCUCUAUCUGUGGACAUCUUGUGCAGACAUGCCUUUUAAGUGGCUCACUACAGAUCAGGGCCAGCCUUUCUCCAACAUUCAUUUGUUUUGUAAAAGAAGAUCAUACGCUAAAUCAGUAGGAAGGGCGCGCACAACACAGAAAAGACGCCAAUUAAAUAGCCAGUCCUCUCCAAGCAACUAUUCAAGAGUUGCUUCUAAAAAGAUUUCUAUCCAAAUCAUUGAUGUGCAUUCCAUUUGGGUUUCUUUGCGGUGUGGUGAUUUUUCUUCUUCUCUCAUUUCCUUUUUCUUUUUUUUUUCAACGAGUCGGUCUCGUGAAUCGUCAUUCACCAUAGUCGGCAUUUUGUUUCCUCAGCAUAAUCAGUACGGUGCUAUUAUUUACCUAUGUAUGUGUAGUUAUGUAUAAUUUUGUAAUUAGUUAAUGACGGAGAAAUACACAAACUAUAUAAGAAUUAUUUGUACAGAACUUUUAUUUUAGCUCUCUUUUUAAAAAAAAAAUGGUUUGCAUGGUUAGCCGUUGGUGAGGAUGGAUGGGCAAAGGAGGGUGAUCUGCACUUUCUAUAUCUUUGUACUAUGCACUGCCCUAUUGAUUCUACACCCAAUAGUAUUAUUACUUGAACCCAUCUGUAAGAAAACCAAUUAUGAAAAUCCACUUGUGUGUAUGUAAAUAACACAAAAACAUGAUAAAAGAGGGGGAAAGUUUGCAGGGGCAACAAUGAAACACAGAUUUCCCCCCUUUUUUAUUCCCCCCCCCUUUCUGGUUUUAAUCUUUUAAUUUUUAAGAGCCCUGAUACUCCAAAAGACUAUCAUUAGAGGGCUGAGGGUCCCGUCAUCCAUCUUGUUAUGUGGCGUUGCCAUUCAGGCUUGGAGUGUCUUUACAAAAAUAAUACAAGUUGUGUUCUCUGCUCUCGUUUUGGAUGCCUAGACUGAAAAAUUAAAACAAAACAAAAAAAAAACCUUGUAAAAUGGCUUGUUAAAAAAAAAAAUACAAUUACCUCUAAUCAGUAGUACGCGUAAAUGUUUUACAGAAUGAAAGGCGUGCUUUUUAUUUUCUUACUUCGUUACAUUAGUGGCGAAAGAAAGUCUGUAUGGAAAUCAGUUCUUUGCUGACACAAGCUCCAUUUGUUACAAAUGAAUUCUAAUAAAAAUGUCAGUGUUACGCAA